AUGCGACAGCCUCCCUGCGGAUGUCCUGAGAGGCGACAGGCGUCGGCGCCCAGGCAGGAUGUGGGUGCAGGAUGUCGUGUGCAGGAUGCCUGGUCGGUUGCGAUAACCGACAUCGCCGCUCGUCAGCCACCUCCGGCCCCGCAUUUCACGGAAAUGUACGAGGAACGCACAGAAAUCCCUCAACUCCUCACUCGCCGACAAACUACUUUGAGGAUUUGGCGUCUGACACAACAACUGGAGCUACCCGAGUCGACAGUUCGGGUGGAGUUGAAUGUAGUUGAAGAAAAUUCUACCAAGAGAUCUACCGCACAUGAUUCUUCAACAAAUACAAACACUACAACCGUAGCAAUAUACUUGAAGUUGACAGUUACUAAAAAAAACAACAAUUUUUCUGGCCUCAUAAGUGAAAAACAUAAUCUGCGAAGUUGUGGACCACAAUCUCCUGAAUCAUACGUCGUGGCGAAACAAGACCAUUUCCGAAUGUCAAAUAUUGCUGAAGAAAUUUAUCAGCCGCCUUCUGAAAUCAAUAUUACUCGCGGGACGCAUGUGAACGCGUCGCGCAACCUGCUGUCGCAGCUGCCGCGUCCGCCCGCGCUGAGCGCACGCGUGGAGGCGCUGGACGUGUCGUUCAACCGCGUGGGCGACUCUGGCGACGAGCUGCGCUCGCUGCGCGCGCUGCGCCGCCUGGACCUGGCCGACAAUGAGCUGGAGAGCCUGCCGGGCGGCGCGUUCGCGGGACUGAGCAGCCUGCUCGUGCUCGACCUCACCCGCGCCGGCCUGCAGCGCCUGGAGAGCGGCUCGUUCCGCGGCCUCGCGCACCUGCAGGAGCUGCUCCUCUCCGAGAACCGCCUGAGCGCGCUGCCGCCGGCCGUCUUCUCGGAGACGCCGCGCCUCGAGACGCUGGCGCUGGCGCGGAACGCGAUCGGCGCGCUGCCGGCGGCCGCCCUGGCGAACCUCGCGGCGCUGCGGCGGCUCGACCUGUCGGGCAACGCGUUGACGAGCGUGGCCGGCGACGCGUUCGCCGGCGCGCGCCGCCUGGAGUGGCUGUCGCUGGAGGGCAACGCCCUGGACGCCCUGCCGGCCGGCGCGUUCGCCGGGCUGGCGCAGCUGGAAGGCCUCCGUCUGGCGCACAACGCGCUGGCGGCGCUGCCGGCCGGUGCGUUCGCGGGGUUGGCCGGCCUGCGCGAGCUGUCGCUGGCGGGCAACCGGCUGGCGCGCGUGCCCGAGGGCGCGCUGGCGGAGCUGCGGCGCUUGGAGGGCGUGGCGCUGGAGGGCAACCGCCUGGAAGAGCUGCCGCCGCGCCUCUUCGCCGCGCUGCCGGCGCUCGCCGCGGUUAGUGGGUGGGUGGUGUUAUCAAGUUCGAGGUGGUGGGAGGUGGAGUGUGUCGAGGUGGCGUUUUUUAUGGGUGGGUGGGCUGUUGAUAUGGUUGUGAGGAGCAGGAAAAGGGACAGCCCUUCGCUGGAGAACGUGGACUUGUCGCACAACGAGCUGUCGUCGCUGCCCGAGGGCCUGUUCGCGAGCGCCAGCCAACUGAGCUCCCUCGACCUCUCGCACAACAGCUUCACCGCCUUGGGCGCGCGCGACCUCGCCGGCCUCUCCGCCGUCACCAGCCUCGACCUCGCGCACAACCUGCUCGCGGAGCUGCCCGUCUACGGCGCCGACUGGCCGCAGGUGACGCUGGCGCGCUUCGGGUCCCGCGUGCGCGCGCUGGGCGAGCGCGCGGGCCGCGCGUGGCUGGGCGACGGCGCCGCGCGCCGCAACGUGCGCGUGGACGGGUUGCUGCGCGACGCCGCGUCGCUGCGCUGGACGCUGCGCGACCCCGCCCUGCGCGCGCAGCCGCACCCCUUCGACUGCGCGUGCGGCAGCGUGCGCCGCGGCCUUCGCCGACUCGAGUUCGCCUCGACCUGCCCUGCGGCGCCGCGGCCGCGCCGGCCACCGCGGCGCCCGCCGACUGGCAGGCCGCCGCGCUCGAAGGUGUUGCCACUGGAAGUCACUGCGCUCAAUGUUAUUUCGUUAGGUAUCUACUAUAGUUCAGAAGAAUUAUUUUUAUCCAUCUUUCUCAAACCAGGGUAUACGAAUAUUGCUUUUCGCACUCACCAGGCAUUGAAUCAAAAGUCUAGAGUUGCUUCAUGA